GAAAUGAACAAUGAGAUCCCUUGGACUCGAACAGGUUUUCUGAUGAACCUGGAUGGAACAACCCAAUCUAACAACGGUGAAUGAAUUCAUUCUUACGGGAAUCACAAAUACCGCUGAGCUGCAGGCACCAUUAUUUGCAUUGUUCCUCAUGAUCUAUGUGAUCUCAGUGAUGGGCAAUUUGGGCAUAAUCAUCCUCACUAAGUUGGACUCCAGGUUGCAAACCCCUAUGUACUUUUUUCUCAGACAUCUGGCUCUCAUGGAUCUUGGUUAUUCAACAACUGUAGGACCCAAAAUGUUAGUAAAUUUUGUUGUGGAUAAGAAUACAAUUUCUUAUUAUUUUUGUGCAACACAGCUAGCUUUCUUUCUUGUGUUCAUUGGUAGUGAACUUUUUAUUCUCUCAGCGAUGUCCUACGACCGCUAUGUGGCCAUCUGUAACCCUCUGCUAUACACAGCAAUCAUGUCACAAAAGGUAUGUCAGGUGCUAGUGGCAAUCCCUUAUCUCUACUGCACAUUCAUUUCUCUUCUAGUCACCAUAAAGAUUUUUACUUUAUCCUUCUGUGGCUACAAUGUCAUUAGUCACUUCUAUUGUGACAGUCUUCCCUUGUUACCUUUGCUCUGCUCAAGUACACAUGAAAUUGAAUUGAUAAUUCUGACGUUCGCAGCUAUCGAUUUGAUUUCAUCUCUUCUGAUAGUUCUUGUAUCUUACCUGCUCAUCCUUGUAGCCAUUCUCAGGAUGAAUUCUGAUGGCAGACAAAAGGCUUUUUCUACCUGUGGAGCCCACCUGACAGUGGUCAUAGUGUUCUACGGGACUUUGCUUUUCAUGUACGUGCAGCCCAAGUCCAGUCAUUCCUUUGACACUGAUAAAGUGGCUUCCAUAUUUUACACCUUGGUUAUUCCCAUGUUGAAUCCUUUGAUCUAUAGUUUAAGAAACAAAGAUGUAAAAUACGCCCUAUGGAGGACAUGGAAUAACUUAUUUAAUGUUUUUCUUUAA